AUGGGCUCAGAAACCUCACCACAACUUCCAUUAAUUGACUUCAAUAACCUCAACUUAGAAACCAAAAGUCCCAAUUGGGAGUUAGUGAAGUCCCAAGUUUACAAAGCACUAGUAGAGUAUGGUUGUUUUGAAGCAAUUUUUGAUAAAGUUUCUUUAGACCUUUGCAAGGCCAUAUUUGAUUCACUAGAAGAGCUUUUUGAUCUCCCUUUACAAACCAAGCAACUCAAUGUUUCUAAGGAGCCUUAUCAUGGUUAUAUUGGCCAAUAUCCUAUGGUUCCACUUUAUGAAAGCAUAGGCAUUGAUGAUGCAAAUGUCUUUGAGGAAGUUAAAAGCAUGACCAACCUCUUGUGGCCACAUGGAAACCAAAGUUUUAGUAAAACUAUACAUUCAUUCUGUGAAGAGCAAACAGAGUUGGAUCACAUUAUCAGAAAGAUGAUUUUUGAGAGUUUAGGUGUUGAAAAGUACUUAGAGGGCACAUGA